AUGGCAGCUUCGCUUGAGUCAAAGCUUCUCGGACUUCCCGAUGAACUGCUCCGGGCUGUGUUGGACCAUAUUGGCCCACUGAGCCUCGCCUCGGUUCAGAGCACUUGCCGGCGAUUAAAUGCAGUUGGCGCGGAUCCUGGAUUGUGGGAGCAUGCUUGCCUAACCUUUUUCACGUGGUGGGAUAAGCACCAUGAUCUUGAGAACAAGCGGAAAGACCCUUCGUUCAAGGGCUGGAAGCAGCUCUUCGCGGAUCGAUGGGCUUCCUCCCAACGCACAGACAGAGCAUUAUCGGAUCUGAUCGCUCGGGAAACUAAUCGUCUGGACCGCGUCGCCGACAUUCUGAAUGCUGGAUACGAUGCAAAAGAUGUGCUUAGUAGUGCGUUCUACAAUUCAGCCAACACCGGCAUGCACUUGGCGCAGCGGUAUUGGAGUCACGCUGCUCUGGGACAUCUCCACCGAUACAUGGCUUGCGAGGAGUGGGCGUAUCUGAAGCACCGGCCAGAAACACCGAACGCCACCGAACGUUCUUUCGCAGCUCUGGACAUGUUUGUGCUCGGCGAGCGCCGAGAGGGCGACAUCGAUGAUAUCUUCGCCAUGCUUGAUUCGUAUGCUGCCUCCAUUCGCGAUGCCAAUCCGGCAAUUGACAGCUUCACGCCUCGCCAAAAGGCCAUCACGAUUGCUGCUCAUCUAUUAGAACACAACUGGACUGGCAUCUCCGACAGCCGCAAUUACCACUCGCUCGACCACAUGUUCCUGGGCGUCGCCCUGUUCAGCAGCAAUCGCAACUCGGUUCCUCUCAUCUCUGCCAUCAUCUAUUGCUAUGUGGUGCGGCAAUUUAGCCUCGAAGCGCAACCUAUCUCUUAUCCCUUCCACGUACACGCCCUUGUCACUCUCCCCUCCGGCGCCACGACCGACUUUGAUGGACAACCCCUUCCUUCCACCACCGAACCCUUCUCCGAGCACACCCAUCUGUACAUGGACCCAUUCAAUACCUCCGACCCGAUCCCAGCCUCACACCUCACGAGCCAACUCCGCUUCAUAGCCCCAACCUCGACCCCAAACCAAAUAAACUCCUACCUCUCGCCCGCCUCGCCUCGCGACCUCACCAUCCGCGCCGCACACAACAUCCUCGCCGCGCCCUCCCACUACGCCGGCCCCCCUCUCUUCCCCAUCGACAUCAACGCCGCCGCCUUCGGCGCCCUCCUCGCCCUAAUCCUGAUCCCGCCCGCUCCACACCCCGCCCAGAUCCAGCACCACCUCUCCGUCGUAGCGCAACACUUCGCCUUCCACUUCGACCACGACGUCCGGCUUUUCAUGCACCACGUUCUGCCCGCCGCCUCCAGUAUCCCCAACGCCCAAGCCUAUGCCACGCUAGUCGAGCGCCUGCACGCCCGCGACGCCACACCCAAGACGCCCAAGCGGCGUGAUGCCCCCGAGAACAGUCCCGUCAAGUACGCCGUCGGCCAGGUGUUUCGCCACCGCAUACGCAGCUACCUCGCCGUCGUCUAUGGCUGGGACGGCUGGUGCCGCAUGGACGAGCAGUGGAUCGUGCAGAACAGCGUGGAUCGCCUGGCGAGGGGGAGGGCUCAGCCGUUCUACAAUGUCCUGGCCGAAGACGAAAGUACGAGGUAUGUGGCGGAGGAGAAUGUCAUGCUGCUGACCAAGGAGGAGCUGGCGGAGUUGGGCCUCGUGUAUGACCGCUUUCCCAUGGAGAUUGGGCUAUGGUUCCGGCGCUACGACGCCGAGGCGGGGAGGUUCGUGAGUAAUGUUAGGGAGGAGUAUCCGGAUGAUUGA